AACUUUACCCGGGGUAACAGCCGAGGCGCUUUACGGCGACGGUGGCUGAGUGCGAGCCUUGGCUGCCGCGGAGGAGGCGGUGAGGGAGGCGGCGGCGGCGGCGGCUGAGGAGGAAGAGGAGUGGCGGCAGUGGCGGCGGGGACCUGUGCGGGGAUGGCGGAGGUACCGCCUGGGCCUAGCAGCCUCCUCCCUCCGCCGGCACCUCCGGCCUCGGCGGCGGCCGAGCCCUGCUGUCCCUUCCCGGCGGGGGCCGCCGUCGCCUGCUGCAGCGAGGACGAGGAAGACGACGAGGAGCACGAAAGCGGCGGCUGCGGGAGCCCGGCGGGCGGCGAGGCGACGGCCAAGGGGCAUCCGUGCCUCCGCUGCCCUCCGCCGCCGCAGGAACAGCAGCAGCUCAAUGGAUUGAUCAGCCCCGAGCUGCGGCACCUCCGGGCGGCAGCCUCCCUCAAGAGCAAGGUUUUGAGUGCGGCCGAGGCGGCCCCGACCGCGGCAGCCCCCGAUGGGGGCCCCGGAGCGACUGCAACAAAAGGAGCCGGGGUUCUCUCGGGCGAGAGACCCCCUCACUGCCUCCCCAAUAAUGCAAGAACUACGCUCCCCAGCCCGGCGGAGGCAGAGGCAGCAGCAGCGGCAGCGAGCGAUCCCGCGGCGGCCCGCAAUGGACUGGCGGAGGGCCCCGAGCAGGACGAGGACGACGAGCAGGUGCGGCUGCUGUCUGCAUCCCUGACCGCCGGCUGCAGUUUAAGGAGCCCCUCAGGCAGGGAGGUUGAGCCUGGGGAGGAUCGGACGAUACGUUAUGUCCGAUAUGAAUCCGAGCUACAAAUGCCCGAUAUCAUGAGACUGAUCACCAAAGAUCUGUCUGAACCCUACUCCAUUUAUACCUAUAGAUAUUUUAUCCACAACUGGCCUCAGCUGUGCUUCUUGGCCAUGGUAGGGGAGGAGUGUGUAGGUGCCAUCGUUUGCAAGUUGGAUAUGCACAAAAAGAUGUUCCGCAGAGGUUAUAUAGCCAUGUUAGCUGUGGAUUCCAAAUACAGGAGAAAUGGCAUUGGUACUAACUUGGUUAAGAAAGCUAUAUAUGCCAUGGUUGAAGGAGACUGUGAUGAGGUCGUUUUGGAAACAGAAAUAACAAAUAAGUCUGCUUUGAAACUUUAUGAGAAUCUGGGUUUUGUUCGGGAUAAGAGGCUGUUCAGAUACUAUUUAAAUGGAGUUGAUGCACUGCGACUUAAACUGUGGCUGCGUUGAGAAACUGACAUCAAGGAACAACUUUCCAACCAUGCAGAAUCGACCUUUGCAUGCAAUGCAAUUUGUACAGAAUUGCUUUGCAGGUGGAUUUAGUAAUUUCCAUGCAGCUCUUAUCUGUCAAUGUCUCAUUGAAUGUCGCACAAUAUUUGUUGCACUUUGGCAUGGCGCAUUUGUUCUGAAUUAAAAGAGAUUGUUUUAAACUUAAAAGAGUUCUUUUGGUACCAGCAAGAUGUGCCAGUUGAUCACCAAGAUUUGUUCAUUUGCAAAGUCUGCUGACAAUGUUAUUUACACAGUGAUCAUUUUAUCACAGAACCAGUAAGUGGAAACAAUGAUUUUUGUUCCUUAAAAAAAGCCAAUGUAGAUUGUAAAAAUCUCUAAAGUGUACUAACAUUUCACUUGAAACCUGCCAUAGUUUUCUGAAGGGGUUGUGGGAAAGCUUCAAUUUUAGGUUUUAUUUUUUUCAAUAUUAAAUUUUCCAUUCUUGAACAUUGGUACCUCAGUGAUUAGUGAAAGAAAAAACUGUUUUGUAGGGUCGGGUGCAUCUUACAAUGAGUAAAGAUAACAAUUAAAUUGCGUCUGCCAGUGCCUGUAUAGAUAAGUAUAUUUGUCUUCAUCUCUAGUUUUUGAAUGCAUGCUAACUUUUCCUUUUCUUUAAGGCCUUUGCAAGCAAACUUUGUUUUUAUUUAAAUUCUAAAUUUGAUAAUAAAUUAUUUCAGAUUUUUAUAAUUUGGAUACUUUUUCCAGGUGAGUGACAGUGUGGUUUACUGUAGUAGAAGUCCCUUCUUUCCUUACAGUAAAACUUGAGUCUGCUUGAGAAUCUUUGAGAAAUGUCUCAAAGGGGAUGAGAAAAGUUGAUGGAGCCGGGAAUUGCUGGGUUUUGGAUGCACUUUUUUUUUUUUGAGAGUGAGGGAAUUUUUGGAAAAGAAUAGAAAAUUAAUGUAAAUUGGUAUGAUUUUAUUUAAUCAAAGUUAUUGCUAAGCUGUGAGGAACAGCUUUUACAAACUAGUUGGAAUUUUUUUCCCACUUGAUUUGAAUUCAUAUUGCUUCUGUUUCUUAAAAUGCUUCACUUUUGGUUCUUGGUCUUGGAAAUAAAUUUCAAGGUGCAUUGUAUUCAUUUUAAACUGACUUUAUUUUCUUUCCACUUUACGUGAGCAAAUUCUUGGGGAAGCUUUGCUUAGUUCCCAGGAAAACUCGGGAGAAAUGGCAAUUUUUUUUGGAAUGAGUUCCGUGGGUUUUCUUAAUAGCCAUCACCAUGUUCUUCAUUAGUUACAUUGUGUUUUGGCCGAUGGUUGCAAUGUAGCAAAUAUAAAGUUAAUUGCUUUCAGUUGACUCAAGAAACUUGUGAUGGAUAACUUACUUAACUGGAAAACCUAGGUACCCAUAAAAAAGAAAUUAAUUCUCUGUGAAAAAUGUUUGUAGGCAUCUGUGUUCUUUUAUCUUUAAUUUGGAUAUGUUUUCCUUCUGCUCUAGGAUUUGGUUUGAAUUUUAUUUUAUGGCUAUAAUUACUGUAUUUUUAAAAACCCUACCUCCAUUAACAGUUGGUAAAGCCCCCUUUCAGGAAAGUUUGUUGCCUUUUUUUAUUUUUUAAAGGAAAGCUGCUCCUUGCUCAGUGUCCUGUCUUGAAAGUGAACAUGGUAACAAGUAUUUUAAAAUAAAGAUACACACAUUUGGUGAAAAUUAAACCUUCCUGCUGGUGGGAUCAUUUUAUAGUUCCUUAUUUUUAAAGAAAACUUUUCCUUUCUGCUUGAUAUUGCUCUUGAAAGUUUAAUGGACAGAAUACUGGUUACAUUAAAAAUAUCACACACUACUCAGCUUACUAGCUGACCAGUUUGUGUGUGUUUCUGGUCAUACUUCAUUUGGGCUAUAGCAUUUAGAGGAAUGCCAGUCAUAGUGAUGUUUGUUAUUUUUUAAUGUAGAGGGAAUUAAAACAGUUCAGUACUUAACAUUGUCAAAUUUAAUCUCACCACUUUAUAUUUGACUUGUUGGCUCAUGGGUAAUGAUUGUUGAUGAACACACAUUUGUUUGACUUGCUAUGGGGACAGUUCUAAAACAGGUAUGUGCUAGAUUUUCAAUUCAUGUGUUUUUGGCAGGUUACCAAUGAAACCAUCACUACUGACUUUUUCCCCAGAAUUGACUGGAUGUUUGUAAACAUGACCUUAACCAUGUUAUUAAAAAGUCACAUGGUUGCCAUAUUGUUCAUCUGGUAUAUGUUGAAUAUUGAUGUCUACUUUAUGUCUUUAAUGGGAUAUUCAAAAAUUGUUUACUUAAGCAGAGUAAAACAUGCUUGAUAAUCCAGCACCAGAAUUAAGUCUCCAUUCCAGCUGAAGUAGCAUCAAACAUUAAUGUACUUUUUCUUAUUGGGCUUUCAUUUUUUUUUAUAUGAUCUUAAUUCCAUUUAAAAUUGACAGAGUUAGUUCACUUGGCUAAAACUGAGCAAAAUUGGUGCAACUUUCUUUUAAUGGGGUGCUGCCUCUUUAAGACUGACUGUACUGUCCACUGACACUGGUUUGGCAGUUGGUACUGCUGAACAUUUUUAUACAUGCUACCGUGAAGCUAUGUAUGUUAGUAUUGAAGAAGCUAACGGGUAUACUACCAUUUUUGAUGUGCGGACUGAUUGUAAUUUUCCUUACAUUAGGAUGGAACUACUCUAGAGAAGUCCAUAGAUCAGAAACCAGGUGUAGUUUUUGAAGUUAAAGCCAGCAAAAUAAAAAAAGAAAAAAUUAUUUAAAAAUUGGUUUUAAUAUUUUCUGCCUAUUCCCCACAUUACCCUCCCCACUUGCUUGACAAAUCUAUGUAAAGGAGUUUGUUAAUCACAUGUUUUAACUUUACCUUGCCCUAUGUUAUGGUAUUCGGCUGACAUGUAUACGACUGGAUAUGUAUAUUUAUUAUGGUGUCUAAAAAUCAUGAAGUUCAUCACUUUCCAGGAGCAUAGAUAAAGUCACAUUGGUAGUGCAUCAGAGUUACUUUUCAGUGCACCAUGACAUCACUAAAAUGAGUGUUAUAAUGUUCCAGGGCUUUCAGGUUUGUAAAAACAUAACCAUAAAUUAUAUUUGACGUCAGAUAUGAGUUGAGUAUCUAUAAAAUACCACCUGUAUCUCAAAAUAUCGGACUGUUAUUUGGUGACUGGAUAUUGCUGCAUAAUUUUCUUCUAUUGUCCUAUAUCCUUUUGGAGAGAGAGAUUUAAUGGGAUUUGAAAUGUGCAAGCUGUCUAAAUAAGAUGCAGUCAAAUAAAGUUGGUUAAGUUGUGUUUGCA